AUGGGUAGAGUCGAGCGAUCGAAGGAGAGAGAGAAAAAUGAGGUGAGGAGGUUCUCACGUCAAGAUUGGUUUUGGGGAAACAACGCUAACAAGGGAGAGUACUCUUCUCUUCGCAAUGCUGGAGAGGGACGUUAUGCACGUGCGGGUAGAUCCUGGCCGAACACGUAUACGGUGGGCAGGGAGUUUGUUGUUAACGAUCUUGAUGAGGAAAAACGUCAGAGGUGCGGGUGCUGCAACGAAAUAUCUGAUCAUAUUUGUACUGGGUCCGCCAUUGUUUGA